CAUCUCUAUACUUUCCCUCCAUUCCUCUCCUUUAUAUUAUCUAGUCAUUCCUUUCUUCUCUUACCUUCUCUAUCUCUCUCUCUUUUUUUUUUUGUCAUUUCUUUUUUCUUUUACCCGUCAUAUUUUAUUUUAUAUAAUGACAACUUCACACCAAAAUAGACAACUCGAAAUUCAACAAGCCUUUAAAGAACUAUCCUUGUCUCUUAGUAAACAACUUACUGCAAAAUCUCGUUUCAAGAAUACUACCACCACUAUCACUCAUACCUCCGAGACUAUUAACAACGACAGCAACAACGACAACAACAACGACAUCAUUAUCUCCUCACAGUUAGUAACAUCCAAAAGUACUCCUUAUACUACUCAACAUACACUCAAAAAACCCAAGUCUUUUGGUACUUUCAACUUACUUGAAAAACAACAACAACAUCCUUAUUCGCCAUGGGUUGACUGGAUCAGCAAUAAUGAUAGUAAUACCGAUACUACGCUUUUGCCAAAACAAGAUAUAUUACAAUCGACAAUAUCACCUCCAUUAUUACCUUCAUUUAUACCUUCUUCUGAUAGCAGUAGUAGUAGUCAUUAUAGCGGUGAUUCGAUUCCUUCAACACCAACCCUUCCUUUUAUUAAUAGUAAAGAUAGAAAAAUGAGAAGAAUACCUUCUAGUUCUUCUUCUCUCGGUUCUCUCACUACCAAUUCUUCUUCUCGUUCAAAACAUUCUGGAUAUUCUAUAUCAAGUCACUUUACAAAAUGGGAUUGGACUAUUGAAGAAGAUGCCUAUGGAAAUAGCAAUCUACAUGAUCUACCACCACAUCUACGACUUCAUCAAGAUCAUGAUCAGGAAAAUCGUCUUAUUUCUACUUUGGAACCUGCUGAAAGGGAUCUAUAUGGAUUCAAGAAACCAGUGCAAUGGGUUAAACUUAAACGAUUACAACAGUUCGAACAUCAAUAUCAAUCCAUUCUACUUCACCAAAAGAAAAAAUGGUCUCAGCUUUUAAUAGAAAAUGAUAAUCAAUUUCCCUCUCCCAGUUCUCGAUUGCGACGAUAUGUUCGAAGAGGUAUUCCUCAUGAUUACCGUGGCAAAGCAUGGAUGCAUUAUAGUGGUGCCAAAGCAAAGAUGGAAGCACACGUUGGUCUAUUUGAAUCACUUGUGGAAACAGCAAUGACAACAGAAGAUCAAAAUGAAUAUGCAGAAAUCAUCCGCCGUGAUCUACAUCGUACUUUUCCCGACAAUAUUUAUUUUGCUUGCGCACACACUGAUGAACUUGGCAAUGUUAUAAUGGAUCCCGAAUCAAAUGAGAAGCUUGUAUCAUUGAAACGCAUUCUCUACGCCUUUAGUGUUCACUCACCUCAUAUUGGUUAUUGUCAAUCCUUGAAUUAUUUAGUAGGUUUUUUCUUACUCUUCACAGAAUCAGAUGAAGAAGCAUUUUGGCUUUUGGUGACUACUGUCUAUGAUUAUUGUCCUCCUAGCAAGUAUGAUGUGACUAUGGAAGGUGCUAAUAUUGAUCAAGUUCUACUGAUGAUGAUGGUUUACGAAAGAAUGCCUAGUAUUUGGAAUAAACUUGCCAAUGGAAAAUGUUUUUGGGAAUGUGAACAAGCCGAUACUAUGCCUCCAAUUACCUUAGUUACUAGUCAUUGGUUUUUAACUCUGUUCAUCAACAUCAUGCCAACAGAAACGGUGCUUCGAAUUUGGGAUAGUUUUUUUAUUGAAGGAUAUAAGACUUUAUUCCGUGUAGCAUUAACAAUGAUCAAGAUGAAUGAAUGUCAAAUCUGGGCAUUAGAAGAUCCAAUCGACGUUUUCCCUCUUCUUCAGAAUAUGCCUAGAAGGUUGAUAGAUUGUCAUCACUUUAUGGAGAUGGUGUUUUCUUCUUCAAGUAUUGCAUCUGAUAUUACAUUGCAAGAAAUCGAAAGCAAGAGAAAUCUGUUCAAGGAUCGAAGGAAACAACGUCAACAAGCGAAAUUCAAACAAUUUAUCAAUUCAAAGAUAGAUUAACAUAUUUAAAAGUAGAUUAUUUGAUAUCUUGUAUGCCUUUUUUUUUUUCUCUUUGUACCUUUCUUUUUUCUUUCAUCUUUACGUCAUAUAUGUAUAUAUUUUUUACUGGA